AUGAUUGAACUGCCCAAAAAUCAGGAGUACCAAGGAUCAAGAUCGAGACAAUGUAGCACUACCCUCUACUUCAUUUUCUCAACUUUGACAUUUUCUCAUGGUCCUAUUAUUAAAAGCCCCUUGUCAAAAAUUGUUGUGGUGGUAUGGUGCUUUGUGGUGCUGAUUCUUGUACAAAGCUACACAGCAAGCCUGUCGUCCAUACUGACCGCAAAGAGGCUCCGUCCUUUGAUGACAGAUCUAGACCAGCUCAGGAGCAGUGGUGACUUUGUAGGAUACCAAGAUGAUUCAUUUGUGCGGCCCUUCUUGGUCAAUCAUAAUUUCAGUGAAAGCAGGUUAAGGAACUACACAACGAAAGAAGAAUAUGCUGCUGCUUUGAGGAUGGGGUCCAAGAAUGGAGGGGUGUCAGCUAUCAUAGAUGAGAUCCCUUAUUUAACUUCUUUCCUCUCUGACCGUCGGUACAAAAAUGAUUUUAGGAUGCUUGGAUCCAUAUACAAGACUCCGGGAUUUGGCUUUGCAUUCCGUCUAGGUUCUCCGCUAGUGCACAAUCUUUCGACUGCUAUCCUACACCUAGCAGGAUGGGAUGAGGGCUCACGAAUCGAAAGAAAAUGGUUCGGCUCAGCUUCACCUCCAAUGGGUCCUAGCAUGGUCCCUGACAUGGGCUCCACGCCUCUGACUUUCCAAAGCUUCUCCGGUCUCUUUGUCAUCACAGUAUCCAUUUCAACUCUAAUGUUGCUGAUAAGCAUUAUGAGGUCAAUUCAUGCCAAAUGCACUGGGUUGACAAAGGCCGAAGAUGAGUCUCGUCCGUUGCAGAAUACCAUGGGUGGCGACCCCAGCCCUGUUCCACAACCCUUCCCUGUAGAUGGCAGUGAUAAUUCCGGGGGUGUCGAAGGAAGUAGCGAAAAUGUUGGGGGCAUAGAGCCUGACUCGGUGCAGCAGAAUGGCAUCCAGGAUGCAUCUGUGCAUGCAGGACACAUUUAG